UGAUUUCCUCAUCCUUUUCUAUUCUAAUUUACCCUUCGUCUCUAUCAAAAAUAUCCUAGGGUUUCUCAAUGGCUGCUGAGGUUGAGUACAGGUGCUUUGUUGGUGGCCUUGCUUGGGCCACUACUGACCAAUCCCUUCAAGAAGCGUUUAGCCAGUACGGUGAAAUCAUCGAUUCGAAGAUUAUAAAUGAUCGUGAAACUGGAAGAUCUCGCGGUUUUGGAUUUGUGACUUUCAACAACGAGAAGGCAAUGAGAGAUGCGAUCGAUGGAAUGAACGGCCAAGACCUUGAUGGGCGUAACAUCACCGUGAAUGAAGCACAAUCUCGUGGAGGAGGGGGGGGUGGCGGCGGAGGCUCCAGCCGCGGUGGCGGUUACGGAGGUGGGCGCCGAGAAGGCGGUUAUAACCGUGGUGGCGGUGGAUACGGCGGAGGCGGCGGUGGAUAUGGUGGUGGUGGUGGAGGAUACGGUGGUGGUGGUUAUGGUGGUGGACGUGACCGUGGGUACGGUGAUGGUGGAUCAAGGUAUUCUUCCAGGGGUGGAUCUGAAGGUGGUAGCUGGAGGGAUUAGGUUUAGGACACGUGGUUGUUUUAUGAUUUUAAUGGCUUUAGCUUUAGUUGUGGUUCAGUUUGGUUAUGGUAUCUCUCGUGUUCUGAUUUUGUGGUUGUUGCUUUUUUGACCGAUGGUUACUUAUUUGUGUUCACUCUGUUGAAAAAAUUGAAAUGAAGUAAUAGAUCUUCGUUUGCGAACUU